AUGAACUCAUGUAUGCUCUCAUCGGCGCAAUAUAUCGAUGGUCCUCUUAAACUAAAAGACGUAGAAUGUUUCAAGGCAUCUUUUAUUAAUAUGCCAGAUGAACAAACUCGAAAAUAUGUAGAACGUUUUAAUCAAGAUUUAUUUCAACGAAGAAUAAAUACAGUUAAUGCUUAUUACAAACAGUGGCUUAAAAUAUGGCCCCAAGGAACUCCUUUGCACUUUUUCGCCGCUUUGAAUACCUAUAAACUCACCGUACCAGAAAUGGAAACAAAUUUGAGAGAUGAAGGGUUCAAAAGAGAACUUAUUGCCUUUGUCGGCGCAGAAGCAGACAAGUUUAAGCAAAAAUUUCAAAAUUCGUCGAGUGGUGAAAGCCCAAAGUACUCUCCUUUAAUUGAUCUCUCACCCGAAGAUAGAUUAGCAGCGAUAAAGAGAUCCCAAAUGCCAGAUAUAGAUAAAUGGACUACCCAAUACUAUAAUAAAGUUGUUCGCAUACUAAAAGAUAGUUGGGAUGAUAUGGAUAAAAAUGUAUUAGCAGAAAGUUUUAAAUGGACCUUAGAACAAUGUGAAUUUAUAUAUGAAGAGUUGAAGAAGCGUAAUGCAUUCGAUCAACCUCAAAAGCGUAGAAGAAAAUCGAAAGAAAAAAGAACAUUUACUGGAAUUAUGUUCAUUAAGGACGGAAUUACUCAUAGAAUUGGUCAACCAUUAUUUGACCCAAUAGAUCAGACACAAAAUCCUUUAAGAGGAUAUUGCGAUCCCCUGACGAAUUUACCUUUCCAUAGGCCUAUGAUUUGCCCAUAUGGUUAUGUAUUAGAUUAUGAUACAUGGAGAAAUAGAUUACAAUAUCAUUUGCAUCCUUAUCAACAGGUGCCGUUUACCACGAUGCAGUCCUUAACCGACCUCACCGUGAAAAACUAUGAUGAAUACAAAGAUAAAAUUAGAAAUGCUCCAUUCUCAAAAUAUAUUGAAUAA